AGGAGAACCCGGAUGAACCGGAAGCUGGUGUCGGCGUACCCUGCUCGGGGAAGGAAGUGGGACUGCCAUCGGAAGGGCGGACAUGGCGGAAUUGGCCGAGGCCGAUGAGGCCGAACUGCAGCGCCUGGUGGCGGCGGAACAGCAGAAGGCGCAGUUCACUGCCCAGGUACACCACUUCAUGGAUUUGUGCUGGGAUAAAUGUGUUGAAAAACCAGGAAGCCGUCUAGAUUCUCGAACUGAAAAUUGCCUUACCAGUUGUGUGGACCGAUUCAUCGAUACCACUCUUACCAUCACAAGCCGAUUUGCUCAGAUUGUGCAGAAAGGGAGCCAGUAGGCUAACCCUUAUCCCCAUCCUAAGUGAGGGAAAUGAAUGGAAGAACAAAAAGAUCUGUAACUGGACAGUUGAUAUACCGUGGCUAAGGUCUUCGUGAAAGGGUGAAGAAACUAUGACCAAAUCAACUAUGGGCUAUGGCCAAACCUAUUUAAAAAAUAACAAGAGAUAUUCAAAAAGUGAAAUUUCUUUAUUUGGAAUUUUGGAAUUCCAGAUUGUAUUACAUCAUUUAUUUGAUAAAUAUGACUCCCCCAA